CUGUCUUCCAUCUGCAAUAGUUCAAUUCCCUGACUUCAUAUAGAGCAUUGAGUGGCCCAUGUAGCUUUAUUUUAUUGAGUAGAUGAGUAGAUUUUCAAAUCUCUGUUUUCUUAAAAUAGAUUUUUAAAUGCAUUAUUAAAAUGUAUAAACCUACCCCCUUAUGUAGUAUAAAUAAACCACAACUCCAAGGCAAACAACAAAAGAAGCAUCCCAACGUCCCAAAUUGAGGAGAUGACCAGAGAGAUGAAGACGGUGGCAACAGAGAGAAGAAGACCCGAGAUAAGAAGACCAGAGAGAUGAAGACGAAGAUAUUUUGGAAAAUUCACAAGGGUCAGAUGAAUGAUAUUCACAAUUCUUGUGCGUGGAAGCAACGCCCUCUCUAUCUAAUAGUUUACGACCAACGAUGCAACGUUUUAAUUUGUUCAAGGGUAUUUGGUGCAUUUUUAGUCUGCAGGGGUAAAUCGUGCAAUUUUCGAAGAGUUCAAGGGUAAUCGAUGCACUUUUNACAAUUUUGGGUAAAGAUAUUUUGGAAAAUUCACAAGGGUCAGAUGAAUGAUAUUCACAAUUCUUGUGCGUGGAAGCAACGCCCUCUCUAUCUAAUAGUUUACGACCAACGAUGCAACGUUUUAAUUUGUUCAAGGGUAUUUGGUGCAUUUUUAGUCUGCAGGGGUAAAUCGUGCAAUUUUCGAAGAGUUCAAGGGAUAAAAAAAAUGUGUCCCAAUAUAUCGGUACAAUUACAAAACGGAUCCGGGAUUUUUCGGAAUGGUCCAACAGGAAUGGAUUUCACGCCCACCCCUAGCAAAGAGUUUCUAGAAUUUCAACACCCUGAUUCCUUUGACAUUGUUAAACAGUGUCAUGGGAUGACUCAUGGACCCUCAUUAUCACACCGCCCCAGACAAUGUUUAUUCCUUUCUACUUCAAGGAUAAACUCAGAAGUUCAGCCCCAUGCUAACUUACCACCAAGAGGUUGGAACUCGUAUGAUUCAUUCUCUUGGGUCAUCACGGAGAAACAAUUCAUUCGCAAUGCAGAACUUGUCGCUCAGCGGUUGAAGCCCAAUGGCUAUGAGUAUGUUGUGGUAGAUUAUCUAUGGUAUCGGAAGAAAGUAGAGGGAGCGUACACGAACUCUCUUGGAUUUGAUGUAAUCGAUGAGUGGGGAAGGAUGCAGCCAGACCCUAGUAGAUGGCCUUCCUCUGCAGGUGGGAAAGGAUUUACAGACAUUGCUUCUAAGGUUCAUAGCUUGGGUUUGAAGUUUGGGAUUCAUGUCAUGAGAGGCGUGAGUACCCAGGCAGUCAAUAGUAGUACCCCAAUCUUGAAUGUCCAAACGGGGAAAGCAUAUGAAGAGGCCGGAAGGGAGUGGAAAGCAAGUGAUAUAGGCAUCAAGGAGAGGGCGUGCGCGUGGAUGGAUAAAGGGUUCAUGAGUGUAAAUACCAAAUCUGGAGCUGGAAGAGCAUUUCUCAGGUCACUCUAUCAACAGUAUGCCGAUUGGGGUGUUGAUUUUGUGAAACAUGAUUGUGUUUUUGGCUCUGAUUUGGACUUAGAUGAGAUAACUGUAGUUUCAGAGGUAUUGAAGGAGCUUAAUCGUUCCAUAACGUACUCUCUGUCUCCCGGAGUUCAUGUGACAUCAGCAAUGGCAAAGGAGGUUAGUAGCCUUGUAAACAUGUAUAGAAUAACCGGCGACGACUGGGAUACCUGGCCUGAUGUUGCUUCGCACUUCGACAUUGCAAGGGACAUGGCUGCAGCUAAUUUGAUAGGUACUAAGGGCCUGCAAGGGAAGUCAUGGCCUGACUUAGAUAUGUUACCUUUUGGUUGGCUGACAGAUCCGGGAUCAAACGAAGGUCCACACCGACACAGCAAUCUAACUCAGACCGAACAGAAAACGCAGAUGACAUUGUGGUCCAUGGCGAAAUCUCCCAUCAUGUACGGGGGCGACAUGAGAAGAAUUAGCACCCACACGCUUGCUCUCAUUACCGAUCCUACUCUACUAGAGAUAAACUCGUUUAGCACAUACAAUAAAGAAUAUCCAUACAUAACCGACUCACAUUCUUCUCGACGCGAAAGUAAACAGCGUACUGGCACCUCGCUGGCCCAUGUUUUGGCACUCGGAAACUGCAAAGACGGAAAAUCACAAGGUUGGUCUAGAAAACUUCUCGAGGACCAAAUCUGUUGGAAAGGGAACACAACAAAACAACAACAGGAAGCGCCAUUUUGUUUCAGCAGACACCAGAAAAUGUGGGACGAGAAACAGUUUGAUGGGAAACUGCAUUUGUUGGAAAUGAAGACUACCGAGUCUUGCCUUACGGCAGCUCAUAAUCGGAAGCUUAGUUCUGCAGAAGUUGGCAAAGGUUCAUUCUCAGAAUGCAGAUGGGAAGCCUACCAGAUGUGGGAGUUGAAGAGAAACGGAACCCUUGUAAGCAAUUAUUCCGGUCUCUGCGCUUCAUUUGAUUCGGUUAGAGCUACUCCCGUAGGAAGUCGUUCUUGGAUUGCGAGCGGAAGGCAAGGAGAAAUCUACGUCGCGUUUUUCAAUCUGAAAGAAGCGUUGUCCGAAAUCUCAACGACAACAUCGGAUAUAGCCAAGGCGCUCCCCGAAAGAAACUUGAGCCACACACUUACAUGCUCAGGAAGAGAAUUAUGGACCGGAAAAAACAUCGGGCCCGGAAAGGUAUUGUCCAUGGCUAUAAGAGCACAUGGGUCUGCUUUGUUCAUACUCAACUGCAAAUGAUGGUGAUCAAGAAUAAGAAUGAAUGAAAGAUCAAUCCUGCCAUGAGAUGUUUCUGCCUACAAGUUUUGAGUUUCCACUAGAAAAUAAAAUCAGGGGGAAGAAUUCUAUGGGAAAUGUUUUGUAUGGAAAAAAUAAAAAUCGAAUACAUGCGAAAAUCGCGUAAAAUAUUGGGUUAUCUCAGGAUAUGUUUUGAAGUUGGAACCAGAAAAUGGCAGGGAAAUAAAACAUUGGAGUAGGAAAGAAAAAUGGGAAGAAAAUAAAACUUUGGAGUUAUA